AUGCACGCGCCAGGCAAGCUGGAACUCACUGUAGCAGUCGCGGCCUAUCUCCUCGGGGGCGCAAUUUCCACGACGGCGGCUUCGACGCUCCGUGUGCGCUCUCCUUUCGACGAUCGCAUAAUCGAAGGCACUCGGUCCCUGCGAGCGUCGCAUUCUGUCAAGUGGAAUCCCAAACUCGAAGAAAGGGCGGGGAAGCAGGAGGUGGUAGUCGGGCUGGAGUCACUGAUAGAAGCCCACGGUCACGAGGGAGAUAUUUUGCAGUAUGUGCAUUAUCUUGCCACGCAAAACCCUAUUAAUAGGAAUGCCGCGUUUGAAAAAUGGUUGCCGAUAGUUGGAGAUGCCAAGAAUCUCAAAAAAAUACUCAAGGAUAGUGGGCACAAUCUCGACAGAGGCGGGAACGCUUUCAAUAUUCUGACGCAGUACAAGGCAUUUCGUGCAAACCAUUUCAAGACAUAG